AUAUAUAUAUAUUCCAACCCUUUCCCUACCACCGCCUCGACCACACCUCCAUGAGGCCGAUAGGGGUACCCCUACGUCGCCCUGGGAGGGAGAGCGUGGUGGUGAUAAUGGGGGCGACGGGGGCGGGGAAGACGCGGCUCUCCGUGGACGCAGCGGUGCGGCUCCCCGGCGAGGUCGUCAACUCCGACAAGCUCCAGCUCUACCGCGGCCUCGACCUCACCACCAACAAGCUCCCCCCGCCCCUCCGCCGCGGCGUCCCCCACCACCUCCUCGGCUCCUCCUCCGCCGACCUCCCCCCCGCCGCCUACCGCCCCCUCGCCGCCGCCGCCGUCGCCUCCGCCGCCUCCCGCCUCCGCGUCCCCGUCGUCGCCGGCGGCUCCGCCUCCCUCAUCCACGCCCUCCUCGCCGCCCGCUUCGACCCCCGCGCCGACCCCUUCUCCGCCGCCGGCGCCGCGGCUCGGUCUAGGGUUAGGAUCCGGUACCGGUGCUGCUUCAUCUGGGUCGACGUGGAGCGGGAGCUGCUCGAGGAGCACCUGGACCGGAGGGUGGACGAGAUGGUCGGGGCCGGGAUGGUCGCGGAGCUCGAAGAGCAGUUUCGGAAUGCGCAGAAAUCGGGGGAGGAGCACCGCUUCGAGAAGUUCCUAGGCCCGCUGGGAAAGGCGAUCGGGGUGAAGGAGUUCGGCAAGUAUUUCGCCAAGGAGUGCGCGUACGCCGACGCGGUGGAGGCGGUGAAGGCCGCGAACCGGCGGCUGGCGGCGGCGCAGGCGGAGAAGAUUCGGCGGAUCGCGACGGAGUGGGGGUGGCCGCUGCGGAGGGUCGACGCCACCCCCGCGGUGAGGGCGCGGCUCGACGGCAAUGCCGAUGCGGCAGCGUGGGAGACGCACGUCCUGCGGCCCGCGAUGGAGGCCGUAGAGGAGUUCUUGAUCAGAGGAGAGGAAGAGGAAGAGGACGAGCGAGUAGAGGUGGAUGGAGUGGAGGGAGAGUUGUUUCCUACCGUUGGCUUCAGUUGCUGCUGUUAGUUGGGUGUUUUUUUUUUUCUUUUUUUGCACUUUGCUCCCUCACAAUUUCUUUUUUUCACAAAUAGCCCAAUCAAAUUUAUAAUUACAAAUUUAGCCAUAUUCUCGCUACGCACUAGCCACGCAAGCCGGUUGGAGAGGGCGUUAAGUUGAAUACGGUGAACUAUUUAUCGUGCUCAAACAUAGUAAAUAAAUCACUGUAUUUCAUAUUUAUAUUCUCCGUUUCUAGACACGGUGAAUCAUUCACACGGUAAAUGAAUUACCGUGUUCAACUUAUUCCAGCACCUCCACCCUUUUUUCUUGCUCGUGUGGCGCUUACGUGGGGCCUGCGUGGUAGGGAUAGAGCUAAAAUUAUAAUUACAAAUUUUGUAAAGUUAUUUAUAAAAAUAAAUUUUUUAAGAGAGCCAAAUGCAAAAAAAACACAAAGAAAAACUAUAAUUCUACAGUACUUCUGUCAUCCAAGAGAAAUGCUUUGUUGGCACAUAAAAAGAAAAGAAAAAAGCUAAAUUACAGAAAAUCCUCCUAUCAAUAUUCGAUUU